CAUGAGUGGUAGCUUAUAUAGAUCAAAGUUAAAAUGACAAAUAAUAGCAAACUUGGAGUAUUUCUAGCAUCAAUGCUUUUGGUACUUCAUCAUUUUUCAAAUGAGUCUAUCCAGUGAUUCUUUUACAAGUGAGUUAAAGUUAUUACAAUAUUGAAAUUACGACAGAUUCAAGGAGAUUUUCAGAUUUUUUUUUUCUCUCAAUGGGUCAGUAAUUCACUGCAUGUGAUGUAAUCCUGUUAAAAAUAAAGCAGUAUUAAUAAUUCACAUUUUCCUCAUUUCUUUAAUAUUUUAAUUAUGAAUCUGAACUUUAAUUUAGAUAUCCUCUACUUCUGAGGAAAUUAUAUAAUAUAUUGUAAUGUGCUAUCAGAUUUUGAAUGGAAGGUGUUAUCUUUAUGUAGAAAAACACAUGAGUUUAGAGAAACAGAUCAGGAGUAUCACAUAUAAAGGUUUGCUCUCAGCUUUAGUGCUCAUUUAGGUCUGUUUAACUGUGAAACAAGGAAGUCAUCUUAAGAAAGGAAAUAGUCACAUCUACAGCCCACACUGGUAGGCAGAAACCCUGCAAACCAACACCAGUCACAGGACCACAGCAGCACUGCAAAUACACACACACACACACACAUGCACACGCUCAUACACAUAUAGACACACCCUAUGAAGUGAAGCGAAGAGGCAUAUGAGACGCACAGGAAACGCUAUGGAUUAAAAAACAAAACAAGAAUCACUUCAUAUCUACAGAAGUGAAACACAGCAUAGCAGGAAGGGUAAGUGACAAUCUGUUAUUUUCAUAGACACAAGGAUGUUUUGUUUUAUAAGGUGUCACUAAUCUUUCCUUCAGGGUUGGGCAUUUUUCUGCAGCUGAGGGCUUCAGUGAAUGACUUAUACAGAGAAAUGUGAUUAAUAUAUUCUAAAUGUCAGAUGAAAAAGUUGCAAAAGCUAUGUUAAACUGCUCUGUAGCUGCUCACACACUCAUCAUAAAACACAUUUUGUGUACAUAACAAUAUGUGGCACUCACUGUACUCAUUGUAGUACAUAUCAGUGGUUAUCUCUACUGUCUUGACUUAAUGAGAUAGGGUCAAUACAAUCCUUUUAAGCACUCAGAGCUCUAGUAAUGUGUACUAAUAUUCUCCAGGGUGGGUUACUUUAUCUCCCUCUGGGUUGUGGAAUUCUGCAGGACACUCCACCGGACUGCUGUUUUGUUUUUGAUUUGAGGGACGCAUUGUGAACAAAGAAAACAAUCUGGAAGAGGAAGACUUAUUGCUGAGUACUGCAGCAAGACGUGAAAAUGAGCAAGUCAGAGAUGUUCGGCUUCUCUCUGGAGACAGAUGACAGGACGGAGGAUGAGAAAUCACGGAAUAAAGCGGCAAAGAAGGACGGCCUGGUCUCUGCUUUGGGUUUGGGGCAGGAGGCACCCAAAACUCCCAUGGACACCGAUUACCAGGAGGAAAUGGAGGAGACCAAGCCUAAAAUCAGAUUUAAUCUCAAUUUUGACAAAGGAAUUCAAGGAGUGCAGAAUGAUGGGAGGAGAGACAGUAAGACAUUUAACAUCGAUAGGUUGUUUGAAGCAGUGGCCAGUGGGGAUGUCAGAAACCUGGUUGGCCUGUAUGAUUAUCUACACAGAAGCAUGAAGACACUCUCGGAUUCCUUGUACCAGUCCUAUGGUAAGACUGCCUUGAUGAAGGCUUUGCUGCACCUCAGAGACGGCAAGAACGAGACAGUGGAAUUAUUAAUCGACAUCUCAGAGAAGUUGGGCGACAUUAAAGAGUUUGUGAAUGCAGCUUACACAAACGGCUACUACAAAGGCCAGACUGCUCUCCACAUAGCCAUCGAGAGGAGGAGUCUUUCCUAUGUCAAGCUCCUGGUCAGUAAAGGAGCAGACGUCCAUGCCAAAGCAUGCGGGAAAUUCUUCCAGCCACAUGACGGCCCCUACUUCUACUUUGGUGAGUUACCUCUGUCUCUGGCAGCCUGCACCAACCAGCCCGACAUGGUGGACUUCCUGCUGAAGAACGAUUACCAGCACGCUGACGCACAACUGACAGACUCUCAAGGCAACACAGUGCUGCAAGCCCUGGUGAUGGUGGCCGACAACACCAAGGAGAACACAGAAUUCAUCACCAGCAUGUACGAUCGCAUCCUAAAGACCACAGCCCAACUGUAUCCAAACAUGAGGCUGGAGGACAUUGAGAACAACAAUGGUCUGACACCUCUCAAGAUGGCAGCCAAGACUGGCAAGAGCGGGCUUUUCUCGCACAUCCUUCAACGGGAGUUCCAUGAGAGUAAAACCAAACAUUUGUCCCGUAAAUUCACUGAGUGGGUCUACGGGCCGGUCCACUGCUCCCUGUACGACCUUGCCUCUGUGGACUCGUACGAGAAAAACUCAGUCAUGGAGAUCCUGGUCUACGGCAGUGGCAUUCCUAACCGUCACGAGAUGCUGCAGACGGAGCCUCUGGGCCGACUGCUGGAGGAGAAGUGGAAGAUGUUUGCAGGUCAAAUGUUUUUCUUCAACUUCCUGGUCUACCUCAUGUACCUGAUCAUCUUCACGGUGGUGGCCUACCACAAAGGAGAAAAGCCGCCAUUUCCCCUCAAGCACAACAAGAAUGGCUACCUGUAUUUUGCGGGCCAGCUACUGGCAGUGCUGGCGAACUGCUUUUUCUUUGUUAUGGGGAUAAUAGACAUGAAGAGGAAACGGCCAAAGCUGCAAACGUUGCUGAUUGAUGGAUAUUAUGAGAUUCUUUUUUUUUUGCAGUCAGUCCUUUUCCUGAUUUCCGCCGCGCUAUAUCUGAGUGGACGGCAGGAGUACCUCGGCUUCCUGGUGCUGUGUCUCGCUCUCAGCUGGGUGAACCUGCUCUACUUCUCCAGGGGCAACAGACACAUGGGCAUCUAUAGUGUCAUGAUACAAAAGAUGAUCCUCGGUGAUAUCCUGCGCUUUAUUUUUGUCUACAUUGUUUUCCUCUUUGGAUUUUCAGCAGCGGUGGUCACUCUGCUCACCUGCCCUGCACAGAACACCAGUAGACAGCAGGGACGCUUCUUCCUUCCCGUCGACCCUGAUGAGGAGUGCGUAACAGGCAAUUUCAGAACCAUCUCCAACACCACACUGCAGCUCUUCAAGUUCACUAUCGGCAUGGGAGACAUGGAGUUCACAGAUGAGUACCAGUACAUUGAGGUUUUCUACAUCCUCCUCAUCUUCUACAUCAUACUCACCUACAUCCUGCUGCUCAACAUGCUCAUCGCCCUCAUGAACCAAACCGUGGAAAAGAUCACCAACGAGAGUACCAGCAUCUGGAAGCUGCAGAGGGCCAUCACUAUCCUGGACAUAGAGAAAAGGCUGUCUGGCUGUUUGAGGAGGAGGCUUCGCUGUGGGGUGGAGAAAAACAUGAGCACUGCUGCUGGAGGAGGCCGUCGCCGCUGCUUCAGAGUGGAGGAAGUCAACUGGAACAAAUGGAACAUCAACCUGGGCAAAAUCAAUGAGGAUCCUGGGUGCUGGGAUGGUGUCCAACAGCCCUCCUCAGACACCUCGCCACACAGAAUAAACAGAGGGAGGAGCUGGAGAGACUUGUUCGAGGGCAGUCGGCGACGGCGGACAUUCAAGUCCACAGAGAUGAGUCCUCUGAGCACCACGCCAGUUUAAAGAGAUUCACAACAGAAAGCUUCACUCUGGCUGCUCAACUUGACUGAUCUGAGCAACGAGGCAUUCAACUUAAAGACUGUGUUCAGUUUCAGUUCACCAAAAACUGAAGAUCUGCCUGCCAACUGUUACUUUGACUGACUUGAUUUUCUUUUUUUUUAAGUCUUUGAGGUAAUAUCUCACUGACAUGAUGAACAGCAUGUUGUAUUUGUUCCUUUGACUUUAUGGUGUAUAAAAGUGUAAUCUGUCAAUGCUGCAUACAGCAACAGGUGCUGCUUAAAUGUCAGGGGAAUAAUGGAUUUGAAAUACGUCAAACAUUUAAUCCAAGAGCUCCUGUAAACGCCUUUUCUGUCGCCACCUGAACAGGAUGCGCAUCCUCUGCACAAAGGCCACAAACCUGCUGGCACCUCUGGCAGUGCUUAAAAAUCCUUCAUGGAGUAAUACUGAUCAUGAAGGUGCUGAUCCUGCCCUCCUGCUGUGUGCCCUUUAUACAAGACCCAUUUUCAUCACAGCCAGACAAGCUAAAUCUACUGCAGCCAGAUAGUCCUGCGGAUUUCACAGCUUGCUUUGUCUACUGCACUUCCUGUUUCUAUUUGGCAGAGGCUGGCCUGGAUAAAUGGCAUGAAAGCACAGCAAUUGGUGCAACAACCACCACCUUCAGCACCAGCUGUUGCAGUUACAAAUCAUGUGGUUGAGACGGGGCCUUUGGAACUGUGCAGCCACUCGUGAGGCUGAUUGUGCAGGAAACAAAUGAGCAGUCACAUACCUGAAGCAACUGUCACACAGCAUGACAACAUUUGACUUAUUGUAUCCCUGUAAAACUAAAGUGAGCAGACUGCUGCAGAUGAUCCAGAUGACAGUUCAGACUCAUUUCAAAGCAUAAAUUAGAACUUUAUUUUAUUAUUACAAUAUUACAAAAAGAGUAGCACAACUCUCACGCUCUUGCCUUUAAUCUGUCGUACAGAAUGACAUAAAAGAAAGGCUUGUGGACCUUCUUCCAUUUCACAGCAAUAGUACAAGAAACAAAAGAAGAAAAUAAAAUUUAAAUAACAAGCAAAUCAAGUAUUAUAAAUAGUCACAACUGCAAACUGAAGCUUUGAAACUUGGAAAAAAAAUGUUACAGCUCAGUAACUACACAUUGCUAAAAUAUAUAAUUACAAAAUAUUACUCCUUUUCUUGCUUUCCAUAAAGAAUCUCUAAGGAAUUGCUCUUGUCUAUUCAACAAAAUUUUAUUAAAAUAAAAAGACCAGAAAAACAAAAGAAAUCAAAAAGAAUUGCUGUUUCUGCUUAUCCUUACCAUCUUCUUUCUCCUUAUUAUUUGGGGUUUUCAUUAAAACCAUGCUCGUUUUCAAAGGAAAGUCCAAGGACCAAACACUUAAGGCUUUUUAAGGGCUGUUAGGGGGGUUAGGUGAACAAAACAUGGGCGUCAUUGUGUUUAUACACGCACGCACACACACGCACUCACUCAUCCAACCCUUAACUCUACCCACAUGAGCAGUCAACAUUCACGCACAAUCAUUAAACUUUAAAGUUACAGUAGUCUAGUAGGUAAGCCAGUGUACAAUAAAAUAAACAAUGCAUUUGCUGUUUCACUUUAAACUUAAGUCGGUUUUUGUUUACCUCCGAGUGAUCUUGCAAGUGAUCAAUUUGGUCUUUUCGAACAGACUUCACAUCAGAAUCAGUAGCAACUACACGUAACUUAAUUCACUUAAGUUACUGCCGUCUGAAUCAAAACUCUGGUCAGAUUCUACAUGACACUAAUAACACUAUUAUUUCUUCUACUCCAGAGUUUUGUCCUCAUAACUAACCUAACCCCUUCAAAACAAAUAAUCUCAACAUUCAAGUAAUACAUUUUUCAUGGUUACAUUAAAAAAAAAAAAAAUCUGAAAAGGAAACAAAAUAAAAUGGCACAUCUUCAUAACAGUGUGUCCUAGUUAACCUGACUUUGGCCAUGUUAAUGUAUAAGAGUUUCAUCUUUCAGGACUUUUCUGCACUAAACUUUUCACAAUCUUGUUGCCAAACCUUCCUGGCAUUGGCAAGAAAAAAAAAAAAGCAAAGUUUUUUAACACCUGAAUUCAUUGCAGCAUUUUAAGCAGAACAGAGCAUCACCUUAUUAACAUAUUUGCUCCCUGCUGGAUCCUUACUAUGUACAAACAACCUGAUUACAUGCAUCCUUAAGUGACAGAGAGGAAUCAAGCUUGAAGAGUCGUACUAUACAAAUAAAUAAUUACAUUUAAAAAGAAUAAAACCUCUGUGUACAUGUGCAUACUGCAAGUUUUUUUCCAGCUGUACUUUGUAGUCCAGUGUCUGAUGGCUUCACACUGAAACAAAAUCAUUACUCUCUCUUCUGUCCUCAAGAAGAAAAUGGUUACGAUUGUGUUUAAUCUUGAAGUUACUGUGAGGUUUGAGCUUAAACGCCAAAAUGAAAAUGUUUAAUAGAACUAGUCGGAGCCGAAGUUUCCUGACAUGAUCCUGUAAAAAAAACAUCCAUUGAUAGAUGAGAGAUCU